GACUGCUGAAUGGCUGGGAAUAUAAUUGCAGUCGCUAAUAGGACAAUUUGUUACUUCGAUCAAUUGACGAGCCAGGGUUCGUUGUAUACUGUGUUGAAAAUCACAGGGCCUAAUCGUCCAUUCAAGUUUAACUAUGGACGGAGUCUAUGCAUUAUAAUCAAUCCUACCGUCAGCUGAACGACAUGAAUAUAUCAUUUGGCCUCUUUCUCACUGCACAUCCGGGGCUGUAGAAACAAGCGGACUUUUCUCGGAGUCGCGUUCAUCUCAACGUCUGCACACGCGCCCCAAUCCACUGUUGAAGGACAGUAGGAUGACUUAACACUAGGAACCAGCAACGUUCACUAACUGUAUAGGGCUGUGGACCCACCUGAGGACUGACGCCGGACGGUGUCGCCUUUAGCUAGCUUGGGUGAAUGCAUAUAACCCGGGUGGUACGACGUUGUUGCCCCGGCCCCCCGUGCCGCCACGGUAAUCUAACUCAGCCUCGGUGCCUGUUCGACGACAGUUCAGGUGCUAACGAGGAUAAUAGCAACAACUCCAAAUAUCGGAAAUUUCCGUAUAUCCGCGUGUUUUUCUAAAUAAUCUGUUACACUUGUUCCAUCGUCAGAGCGCCGAAGCGAAAAAUCAAUAAUUUUCUCAUUUUAUAUGCUGGAGCUCCACCAGGAGGUAGAUUUCAGAUUCUGCGAGCCUGUCUCACUGCUGGAAGAGCUUGUUACCAUCUACAGGUCGGUGUAGUGUUCUGGAAGCUUCUUGCGGUGCCGUUACUGGGGUACUAGCUACCCGUUCUCCCACACCUGUGUCACCAAAGCCUCGAGUUUGGGCUGUGAAUGCGGAAUUUCGUCCAAUACAUCGAAACGAGUAAUGGAGGCAGCGAGAGACAAAAUGGCGGCUGAAUGACAGCAACGGUGUUCAGUGAACGGUGCAUGGGCUGUGAUCGUUCGUGUUGUGUAUUCGCUUGGCUAUAGACUUAUUCGGCGACAGAUGCUUGGAUAUUGGGAAUAGGUGAUCAGCCAUCUUUAAGUCCGACCUAACUUAUGCAAGUUGUUGAACAGGAGACAACGCUAUAUUUAUUAUCGAUGAAAAUGGUCGUCCAAGGAUUGUCAUGAUCCAUGGCUCUAGGAUCCUGGGUCUGAAUGCAAGGGAUCAUUUCCGGGUGGGGUCAUGAGGUCCGAACACACCCAUCCCAAGGUACAAACUGUUUCUUCACUCAGCCUCUUGUAUUUGCAGACCCAUCCCAAGACCCUGCCAAAGGUACUAACUCGUGUCUUAGCGGGCUUCCGGUAGUGUUGGAUGAGGUGACGUCAUGGAUGAAGAGGGCGUCGAGGAAUACCGGAACUUCCGCCCCUUCACCCGGGACUCCCUCUUCAAUAUCGAGAGGCGGAUAGCGGAGGAACAGGCAGCGAAGGAGGCUCACAAACUCAAGGAGGCUGGUGACUCGGAUGACUCUGAGGAUGAGAUUGAAGAACCAAGUCACCAUGAACCAGACCCCAAGCCAAACUCCAAGCUCGAGGCUGGGCGAAAGCUUCCUCCGUCCCUGGAGGAGGGGUCUGGCCGGUUUGUGGGGCGACCUAUUGAGGAUCUGGACGAGUAUUACCAUAACCAGAAGACGUUCUGCGUUAUCGGGAGGGACAAGACAAUCUACCGGUUUAACGCUACAAAUGCGUUGUUUGUCCUCAGCCCCUUCAACCCAAUCAGGAGGGUCGCACUCUACAUUCUCGUCCAUCCUCUAUUUAGCGUCGUGGUGAUGUUGACAAUUAUAGUCAACUGUGUAUUCAUGACGAUGACAGAAGGCCCUGAAGAAUAUGUGGAACAAAUCUUCACUGGGAUCUAUACGUUUGAAGCUUCGACGAAGAUCUUGGCACGAGGGAUCAUUUUAACUCCAUUUACGUAUCUCCGUGAUCCCUGGAACUGGCUAGACUUUUUUGUUAUUUCUAUAGCAUAUUUGACCAUGUGGAUAAAAAGUUUGGGCAAUCUAUCGGCCUUGAGAACCUUUAGGGUACUUCGAGCUCUAAAAACAGUAGCAGUUAUACCAGGAUUAAAAACCAUUGUGGGUGCCUUAUUGGAAGCGGUCCGGCGUUUGCGAGAUGUCAUGAUAUUGACGGUGUUCGUCUUGUCGAUAUUCGCCCUUGUCGGCAUGCAGCUCUAUUCGGGUGGACUGAGACAGAAGUGUGUGCAGAAUUGGACCAUCGAGCUUGGACCCAAUAUAUCGGACAUAGAAUGGUUGUCAUUUGUCAAUGAUUCAAACAACUGGUGGAAGGUGGGUGACGAUUAUAUCGUAUGCGGAAAUGGCAGUGGAGCCGGUGGAUGUAAGGAGAACUACACGUGCUUACCCGACCUGGGCGACAAUCCGAAUUUUGGCUACACCAGCUUCGACAACUUUGGCUGGGCGUUGUUGUGUGCCUUCCGCCUCAUGACACAGGACUACUGGGAGAGUCUGUACAAGCUGGUUCUGAGAGCGGAAGGUUCUGCUCAUGCGAUGUACUUUGUUCUCGUUAUAUUGCUGGGGUCCUUCUACCUGGUCAACCUCAUCCUCGCCAUCGUUGCCAUGUCGUACGAUGAACAACAGAAGCAGGACGCCGCCGACGCCGCUGAUGAGGCUGCCGAGAGAAUGGAAGAGGAAGAGAGACGAGAAAUUUUGUCCCAGAUGACCAAGAGUCCAUCCGAUGCGUCCUUCAAAAGUGACCAGUAUAAUCCGGACAAGGCGGAGGACAAGGAACGGGUCAGUUUAACGUCCGACCAAUCAGGCGGCAGUCAUCUCCAUCCGAACUCCAAGAAACGAGGCAGUGUAAGCCUCCCCGGCUCGCCGUUUGCGUAUCGUCGAAGCAGUAGGGGGAGUCAGUUCAGUUGGAAGAAAAAACCCAGCGGCCGGGCAACCGACCGGCAACCCCUUGUUUACCAGACAUUGGAAAGUCUUCCCCUUCCUUUUGCUGAUGAUUCCGCGGCAGUGACGCCAUCGUCAGAAGAUCUAUGCAAUUUUCCUUUUCACAAGAAUGCUCCAAAUGGCAGGCGAUAUAGUUUCGCUUCCCAAACACGGAGGCAUUGGCCGGACGCCAGACCUCCAUCAAGAAGAAGCAGUUUUGCUUCCAACGUUAGUCGGAACUCCCGUACUAGUAGAUACUCCGUGCAUUCCCCUCUGGACCCUUUAAAAAAAGAGAGCAAAAUGGAUACUUUGUUUAACUUUACCCGCAAAGGGAGUCAACGUGUCCCUGAUGUGGUGGUGGACAAGCCACGACUGGACCGAGAUAAUGAUUCCGUCAGUAGCCUGGGAUCGGAGUGCGUGGGUGAAAAGCAGAAGAUGUCUCCCACUAACACAUUUCUGUGUCCGUCACCAACAGCUGCCAAUGUAGAUAUCAAAGAUGUGAUGGUUCUCAAAGAUCUCAUUGACCAUGCUUCUGGCCACAGGAGAAGUUUCAUGAGUGUUGUUAGCGUCCAACCGGAAGCUGUCCGCGACAAGCUGAUGAACUAUUUGUGUCUAUGGAACUGCUCGCCAAACUUCAAAAAACUGCAGUAUUUUGUGAGUCUGUUCAUCAUGGACGCCUUCGUCGAUCUGUUCAUUACACUGUGUAUCGUAGUCAACACUGGCUUCAUGGCGCUGGACCACUGGGACAUGAACGAAGACUUGAAGAGUGUGUCAGAAUUUGCCAACACACUGUUCACGGGUAUAUUUGCGGCUGAGGCGUUCCUAAAGAUUCUUGCUCUAAGUCCUAUUAAUUACUUCAAGGACAACUGGAAUGUGUUCGACAGUUUCAUUGUGUUCCUCAGUUUAAUGGAGCUUAUGCUGGAGGAACUCCCAGGGUUGUCUGUUCUCCGAGCCUUCAGAUUGCUCCGAGUUUUCAAGCUUGCCAAAUCCUGGCCGACGCUGAACAUGCUGAUCGCUAUCGUGGGCCGGACUAUGGGAGCUCUGGGUAACUUGACCAUCGUCCUCGGCAUCGUCGUCUUCAUCUUCGCCGUCAUGGGGCAGCAACUGUUCAGGGAUUCGUACCAGCGAUACAUAAACGACUCGGACAUUGGUGGUGGCAUGCCCAGAUGGAACUUCGAUGACUUCCUUCAUUCCUUCAUGAUAAUAUUCCGUGUGUUGUGUGGAGAGUGGAUCGAGUCCAUGUGGGGCUGUAUGAGAGUCGCUGGCUACCCGUGUGUCCCCUUCUUCCUUCUUACAAUGGUCAUCGGGAACCUUGUGGUGUUGAACCUGUUUCUUGCUCUGUUGCUGAGCUCCUUUGGCGCCGAAAGUCUUCAGAGAUCAGAAGCAGAUGACGAGCCAAACAAACUGGCCGAGGCUGUUGACAGAUUCAAGCGAUUUGGGGCCUGGGUGAAGGUCAAGAUCAUCGUCUGCCUCAAAGUGAAACUCCGGCGAAAGACGAAACGUCCCGUGAUCGCACUGUCGCCGAGUUCCUCCCGACCCGAGCUUAAUGGCAAGGAAGCUUUGGCAGAUGGCCAGACUGUAGUUGGUAAUGGCAAAGCCUAUGAACUUCAUCAAACUCAAGACACCGAAAGCCUUUCUCCUAACAAAACAGAUGCUGAAAAGGGUCUCGACCUACCUGACGGCGAGAAGGUAGGUGAGACAACUGCGUUGCUUCCGCGCAGGUGUAGCGAGGGUUCUGUGAACAAAGACUCGAAGAGUAUGUUAGGUUCCGAGGCCAGUUCUAGCUCAAGCUCACUCUCCGAAAGCGAGAAGGAUAUCAAGGUCGAAGCCGACGGAGAGCCGGAAAUUAACGAAGUUGACAUCGUGUAUGUGAAGGAACCAGACGACUGUUUGUGUAAGGUGUGCACACGGAAGUUUAAAUGUCUGGCGACCAUUGAGGAAAGCAAGACAGGACAGAUAUGGUGGAAAUUCCGAUGCUUCAUGUUUAGAGUGACUGAGCACAAGUACUUUGAAACCUUCAUCAUCACAAUGAUUCUAGCCAGUAGCUCCGCCUUGGCCCUGGAGGACGAAUACCUUGGCGAAAGGCCAAUUUUGAAGGCCAUCCUUAUGUACUUGGACAAAUGCUUCACUGCAAUCUUCAUCCUGGAGAUGUUGGUUAAGUGGGUGGCCUUCGGCUUCAAAACCUACUUCACGGAUGCUUGGUGCUGGCUGGACUUCAUCAUCGUAUCGCUGUCGAUCGUGCUGCUUGCGGCAGAGUCCUUCAACCUAGGAGACUUGGGGUCUAUCAAGGCACUCCGAACUCUGAGGGCCCUACGUCCCCUCCGUGCAGUCUCUCGGUGGGAGGGUAUGAGGGUUGUGGUAAACGCUUUGAUUAAAGCUAUACCCUCGAUCUUCAACGUGCUACUGGUGUGCCUGGUAUUUUGGCUGAUCUUUGGUAUCAUGGGCGUUCAGCUGUUUGCGGGCAGAUUUCAUAAGUGUGUGGAUGCAGAUGGCACGAGACUUAAUAUCAGCGUCGUAGAUCACCGGAACCAGUGCGAGACUCAGAAUUAUACUUGGACCAACUCAAAGAUUAAUUUUGACAAUGUAAUGAACGCCUAUCUUGCCCUUUUCCAAAUUGCUACCUACAAAGGUUGGACCGACAUCAUGAAUGAUGCCAUAGACAGCAGACAGCCCAACUAUCAGCCGCUGUACGAAGACAAUAGAUACAUGUACAUGUACUUCGUUCUCUUCAUCAUCUUCGGCUCCUUCUUCACCCUCAACCUCUUCAUUGGUGUCAUCAUCGACAACUUUAACCAGCAGAAGAAAAAGGGUGGUUCGUUGGAAAUGUUCAUGACAGAUGAUCAAAAGAAGUACUACAUGGCAAUGAAGCGCAUGCAGUCAAAGUCACCGCAAAAGUCCAUACCAAAACCAAAGCUGUGGAUUGCCGGUAUUAUCUUUGACGUCACCACAAACCAGAUGUUUGACAUCGGUAUCAUGGUGGUCAUCUUGCUGAACAUGAUAACGAUGAUGAUUGAGCAUGAAGGAAUGACUCAUGAGAUCGACGAGGCGCUAAAAUACAUCAACAUCGUGUUUAUUGCAAUAUUUACAUUGGAGUGCGUGCUGAAAAUUAUAGGACUGCGUCAGUUCUACUUUAAGAUCCCGUGGAAUGUAUUUGACUUUGUUGUUGUGAUUUUAUCAAUUUUAGCUUUGUCGUUAGCGGGCUUCUUUGAGAACUUCUUCGUGUCCCCAACGUUACUUCGAGUUAUCCGGGUGUUCAGAGUGGGUCGAGUACUACGGUUGGUUAAGUCCGCCAAGGGCAUCCGAACUCUUCUAUUCUCCCUCGCCGUGUCACUUCCGGCGUUGUUCAACAUCGGUCUGCUGUUAGCGCUUGUCAUGUUUAUCUAUGCCAUAAUGGGCAUGAACUUCUUCAUGAAGGCGGAGGAGGAAUACGGCUUGGACGAUGCCUUCAAUUUCAAGACCUUUUUCCGGAGUUUCAUUUUAUUGUUUCAAAUGUGCACUUCUGCCGGAUGGGACGGUGUCCUGAAUGGCUUGAUCGCCAAAUGUAAGCCAAAUGAACCCUGCACACAGUACACGAUAGCUACAAUGUACCUAGUGACAUAUCUAGUGAUUAGUUUCUUGGUCGUGGUCAACAUGUACAUCGCGGUCAUAUUGGAGAACUUUAGCCAGGCCACUGAAGACGUACAGCAGGGUCUCACGCCGGAUGACUUUGACAUGUAUUAUGAGAAAUGGGAGAAGUACGACCCCGAUGCUACUCAAUACAUCCAACUGGAUAUGCUUUCAGACUUCGUGGAUUUCCUGGAGGAACCGUUACAGUUGCAGAAGCCGAAUCACUUUAUGCUAGUUAAGUUGGAUAUUCCAAUAUGCGACGGCGAUAUGUGUUUCUGUCGAGACAUAUUAGAUGCGUUAACGAAGAACUUCCUCGGGACGACAGAAACGCCGGAUAUGCCGACGCAACAGGAAGCGGAAACGGAAUAUGUGGUAGUUAGCAGUACAUUAAAAAGACAAAAAGAGCAUUAUGCAGCUAAAAUAAUUCAAAAGGCAUACCGUACAUUCCGGAGGAAGAAACAUGGAAGCGAGGACGACGACGAGGAGAAUGACAUUGACGAAGAUUGCGUAGACAACGGAGAUGCCGAGACUGUAGUGGUUGAGACCACCUCUAGUCAUGCUAGUGAUACGACAGAACAGCAAAAAACAGUGGAGCUCCAUGCUGACAGUGAUAUCGUGGCGUGACAAAGUGAGCAAACCUAAUAAAAAGUCACAAGGGAUAGAACCGGGUAUUCAAGCCAAUCAGGAUGAUACUAAUGCUGACCAAUCACAUCCGUGCGGUCACGUGCUCGCGUGUUGAUUGGCCAGUGGUUGUGGUGGUACUAGAGCUAUAGCAGUUAAGCGGAAGGAACCCAGGCAGCAGUGUAUCAUGGUCCGUCGCCCACAUGCGCGCGCACCCCGGAUACUCAAUCCAAACGGCGGGUAGCAGGCGAACGGGCAAUUUAGUCGAAAGGUUUUCAGUGAUAUUAAUGAAACUUUCAUUGUAAUGUCUUUCCAUUUGCUAUUUCAAGUAUGCAAGUUUUGAAUUUUUGCGAAUUUUGUAAUGUUUGUCAUGCACACAUAUUUUUUUUUACUGGGACCAUAAGCUCCGUAUUUGAGUGCGUGGGCUUCGCCAGGCUUAUAGUGACUGUACUCUGUCACACACAGCAUGUCUCGUUGCCAUCAGAUGUAGUAGAAGGUAGUAUCAUGCUAGACUUCAUAACCGGCCUCGGUUCCUUACAUCUCCUACCCCAAACCUCACCCGAACCGACCCCACCCCAUCCACAUCCUCUCCACGCUCACGCCCAGACCCAGAAUCCCUAUCACGGUGACUCUUAUCUCCAAGUUCACCCGUAGUGCCGAAGCACCAGCCCAUUGGGUAAUCUCUGACAUCUUUUUCCCAAACAGAUUCUGGUACCACGUGUCUUUUCCAAAGGCAAUCCCUGCAUAUCCAUUUUAAUUCCAUCAAAAUUCUGUCACCAAUACUUCGUCCACAUCACUGACAAAUAAUAUAUCCAACAAUAUGAUAUUGCUUUAGAGGUGAAUAUUUUGCUAGCUCUCGGAAUGAAAUCAGUGAGUUUGUCCUUACAUUUAAUGAUAGACGUUCUAGUCUGAAUCUGCAAUCCCCGGGUUGAAUGGUGAUGUGUCAACGUCUUACACAAAAAGGGACUAUGCUUACGGUGUGUUUAGUCUAGAUCAAGAAGCCGUUAAAUGUCAUGUUUGAAACGAGGACAUUGUCUCUGUAUGCUUAGGAUAAUCAGUAACUUCGAUAUACAAAAUUGGAUUUUUAGAAACAGAGUGGUUUUUGUAUUACUUAAUUCGGACUGACAAUUGCCUAAACCUAGUCCCUAUUUAAAUGUGUUUCAUUACGAUUGGCUCUUUGUUGAGAAGCCAUUAACGUCAACAAAUAUGUCACUUUUCGGAUCCCUCUUCUCCCAUUACAACUCGCCCCGUAACUACAGAAUCUUAAAGGGGCUCUCUACGUUUGUAUCAUGACAUUGUACUGUUAAAUCGUUUAUAUAUGUCAAGGAUAUUAAAUGUAUUGGGGACAGAGGUGAAAUUCGAUGAGCCCUUGAAAUAUGAAUAAGGUAUAAAAAACUAUAAACCAACAGAUACAACCUAGAUAGUCAGUGUUUUAUCAUUACUGAAAGAGCUCCUUUAACAUUGGUCUGUAAACCCCGUCACACGACCAAUCUCGCAUAAGAGUUCACACAGUCUUCGCAGUAUAGAUUUCAAUCUACUUCAGUCUUAAAUUAAAUUUUCAUACCAUGAGUGUACGAAUCCAGUGUUUAAAUACAACGUUUCUCGUAAUUAUUUCAUCUAGAUUUAUCAGCAGUAAGCCACUUAGUUUUCAGUCUUUGUACAACAGUCAACACCGGAUGUCACGAACGCCAAGGGUGAUAGUUAAGUUCGUUAUUUGAACAUGAACAUGAACAAUAACAUGUAUUAUCUCUCCUUGAAUGUAAUAACAAGGUUCGUAAUAGCCGAUGGUUCCUUAUAUCCGGAGCUGAGUGCAACAAGUAACUUAAGCGCAGUUGCUAUGUCGCUUUUCGUGUCGGAGCCACCGACGGAGCAUCCAUCAUCAACGAAUCCCCUGAUGUCAACGUGUCGACGGCGUGAUGGGCGGGCUACCUCGUCACGACAGUCGCCACCAACGUUAUUAAUGUUACGUCACGCUUGUUACGUUUGAGUCUUGAACUAUGCUGUUUGUUCAUGUUUCUGUUGAUAAUCAUUAUUUGUCCUUUCAAAUUACAAACCAAGGAAGGUUUCACAGUGGAACAAAUCGUUCCCGAACACCUGAUUCAUUGUGCAUCUGCUUACUUAAACAGUGGAAUUUGCAAACGCCUGAAAGUCUUAAUGUUUCGUAGAUGGCAGUGUAUGAAAACCCAGUUUUAGUGACGCCGGUCUAUGCUUUUAAGUCAUCUGUGGGUGACUUAGAACAUUCAAUCUAUAUUGCCGAGUUAAAGUAGUUCUUCGGCUGUGUAAACCAGCUUCUAAGUUAAAUAUCACUCGUAGACCGGCUUUAGAAAACCAAUACAAAACCAGCUAGCUUAUGAACGCAUGUACAUGGGGUAUUGCGCCACGUCGGUCAGUGAUUAUCAUAUGCCUUUUGCUACUUCUGAGAUUGGCCAAUCGUUGGACAUCGUCUACCUGACGCUCUGAACAUAGACCGGAUCCCUUACCGCGCUGCCAGUUCCUGAACCUGGUUUUAUGGAAACAUCUCGCCCAUCAUCGCAGAUGUCUUCCCAUACCCCUGAACGGACCCCAACGGUGGCUUUACCUACUGACAAAAACAUUGACCUACCAAUCUUAUCAAACUUCUUUUUAAACAUUUACACAAACAGUAGUAUUUUUUACUCACACUAAAUGUUGAGACAUCGGGGUUGUAUGUAAUGCACUACACAUACGAAAUCCGAUCAUGUUUAGAUAGUAGUUUCAAUUAAUACAUCCUUGACUUAUAAUUGGCAAACGAGGACAUUCUGCUUCCAGAAAUAACGUGCAUUCAACACGUGCAGUGAUUGUAACAGAAGUGUGUUACACAGCUCUGUGGUUAUUUGAUCGCUAGUCAGUGGUAGUUCUUCCAGGUCUCUAGCCUUCUCCAUUAACGCUUGUAGAUUUUCAUAAUCCUGCACGCCGUUGAGUGCACAGACACGAAACAAUCGCCUCGGCAUUAGAAGCACCGUUAGACUUUAAACCUGGCUUACGCGUGUAUGGCUUGUAAUUAUCGCGAUAUUAACAUUAUGUGGUGUGAAAUCCCGUAAAACAGUUUUACCAGUGCCUUGGUACAAACUGAAUACAUAACUUCGAUCUUCCCAUCCGAUCUGUUCAAGUAACCAUGUUGCCGUGUCUAGCGUUAAUGUUGAACUUAUAAUCUCUCUGGUAUCAGCUCCCUCUCAAUAUCCGAACAUGACUGGGUAAUCCACUGUACUUGUAUAAUAGCAAAGCCGUGAUUCAUGAGUCUACAUAUGGACACGUUUCUGAAAUUCAGUCAAUAGCCGUGUAUACCCUAUCAGAAAAGGUUCUGGGUUUUCGAACAUGUUUAAGUACUCUUAUAAAACGCACAUGAUACCAAAUGAGUAUUUAUUAGAUUGGCUGUGAAUCUGUUAUUUCAUUGAGAUGUCAAGAGGAUUUUUCUGUCAGAAGUGAAUAUAUGUUCCCAAUACUAUUUGUCAUUACGUGCACAGUAUUAUAGCAUAGGUACUAUUGCGUCUCUAGGUAUAGUUGGUAGGUUGGAUGUAGGUCUGUUCGGCUGUUAGCGGCUGGGCAGGCAAUAUCAUGAAAGCUAUAGUGACUCGUUGAAAGAGUUGCUAGUAAUUUUAUACAAUCUAUCUUCUGCUUGUGUAAUCUGUUAUUUCACGUUUUGGUGAAUGUUCAAGUGGCGUCACAGAGUGACUGUUUUACUUGUGUUACUGUGGACAAAGAUGCCCACGGUAUUCACAGGAUCGAUAGAUAUUCUUCGCUACAACCAACUUUUUUCGACUGUAUGCAGUCUUUGAGAAAUGUUUUCAUAUUUCCUCUUCGAAUCAACUGUUUGUAAAUUGCCAACCAACAGCUCCCUCUAAUGCUCUCACAAAGAACUAUGACGAUGAACCUACUUCACCAUUUUCAACUACUUUUCUCUACCACUUCGCUUUUGCAAAGCCUGUUUGGAACAAAAGUCAGAUCGCUUUGUACUAGAAUUGACUAACAAUGUCCGCUUCUCUCCCGUCAUACCUUGUCCAACAACAAUUCCUGUUUCUUCAAACUUCGAGCCAGUACACGUCUGCACGGCAAUCUCGACCUUGACCUUACUCGCGCCAGAUCGAGGCUACAGCUGAUCCCAAUCUGCUUAUAUUGAUACUGUAGAAUUUAGUGUUUAUAAUGUUUUAUAGAAUUCGGACUUGAAGACAAAUGUUUUGAAGUCUGUAAAGAUAAUGUGUGUAGUUUAAGAAUUUCAAGUUUUGAAGCCAUGUUUCUCUUCCCGAAUGUUACUCGAUAAGUUACCUCCCCUUACAUUGUCACGCCACCAGAGGCACUCUCAAGUAUGCCAUUUACAUUAUCGGUGUCGUUUGGUGGCAAGUGUGCAAGGGUUGGCAAUUCGCCGAUGUUGUGAUAUUAACAGGCUAUUCCAAACAGUCGGAAUAGGCUUGUAGCAGACAGCCUUUUCAGUGGCGUGCCAGAGUGUAUAUGGUAAUUGUACGUCCUGUAAGUCGCCAUUACUGUAUGAUUAAACUUUUGAGAGGCAUCUGUGUAGAUGUAUUUUCCAUUUCAACCAGAGUAAUGUGUAACCAGUUGUAGAUAAACAUUUCAUCACGUUUUUUCAAUUCAUGUUGUUAGCAAAUUAACGGCCAUUCCAAAUUAUCCCAAGGUGCAUAACCUUUAUGUCGCAAUGUGUCCACCGGUAGGUGGCGUAAAUGUGAUUCUCGCGGAGCGGAUGUUGAUUUGAGCGUGUGGUUGUAUGUCGGUCAUCAUUUAAUGCGCUAUAUUGUCCUACCAACGAGGGAAUCGUAUCCUAUCUGCUCAAUGUGUUCGUUUUAAGACUUAUCUCUAGAACUAAUUCAUUAUAUACCCUACGAUUUCCAGCUUGUUUGAUCUCGUAAAGCAGCGCGAGAUCUUCAUCAUGUCCUUGACAUUCAAACUUUGCACGAAUGUUUCCAUGGUUACUAUUUUCCAAACUUAUGCACUUUGUCCACUGGUCACGUGACGAUGAAAGCACUGUCUUUAAGCCCUGCUUCGAAAUCACGUUGGACUAUUAACAUAUGACGGGAUGGCGAUUUUAUCGAGAAAUAAACAUAUUUCAUACACUGAA